AUGUUUGAGUUCUCAUCAGAUUCUUCUUUGGAUGGGACGCAAAAUCGAUAUUCAAAGUGCUUGGAAUUUCUGAACGUCACGCUGUUUGCUGAGAAUUUCGUUGAUAGUGUCAUAGAAGAAGCUACAAAUACCAUCCAAUCUGAAUGGACUUAUGAAGCGCAGAGGGUUUCUAAUGUAUCAGCAAGUGUAGAUAGAGAAUCUGUAUAUACAUACAAUUAUAUAGACCCUGCGAAACCUGAAUUCACCACUUGGCCAACAAUUGGAAAUUUCACGAUAGAGUUGGGUGCCAAGAAAAUAAACGAAUAUCUCUCAUCAUUUCCCGUAGACGAAGAAUGGUUGUAUGCAAUAUAUUACUUGAGUACUAUAUACGAAGAUGUUUCUGAUUUACACGAAUACGAAGCUAAAUGGUCUCUUCCAACUGCAUCUUACCCGAUAGCCCAAUCAACAGCGAGUGUUUUCUUCACCAUAGAAGUAUCGAGGAUAUUACCCAAAGAUUGUUUAGUCAAGGCAAGUACUCCUGUUUCAUGAAUACGAAAACAAUAGAAUAUAAUGAUAGGCAGGUAGGAUGGCAAAUGUUUCC